AUGGAAAAAUUCGAGCUUGACCGUCAGAGCUUCCAGCCAGUCUUGGAAGACCACAGUGGUGGGCUUUCAAUUAUUGUUCCCGACCGUAACCUUGCCGAUCGACCAGCGGAAAGAGAGGAUCGACGCGCCCUGGGUUUCAUCCAGUACGGAAAAGGACUGGUUGAAUCACCAUCGCAAAUGCUUGCAUGUGACUCCCCAUCGAUGCUCUUGGUAUGGGAUUCUCAACUACAGACGCCCAUGACCGUCUUGUGGGACGUCACGGGGAGGGUCUCCAGCUGGCGGCGUUGGUUCUCUCUCAAGAUGGCUUUCAGACUGCACUUCGAUUUCUUGUAUUGUGGCGACAUCCCGGAAAACCAAGUCGAUCCAGUGUGA